AUGCAGCUCAUUAGAGCCUGCAACCCGAGUCUGCCCACGGAGGGGUGGAAGUUCGUCAAGGCGUUGGACGAUAGCGUAGCAGAAUCUGGCGUGGAGACCAAAAGGGCCACGAUGCAGAUUCUAUUACUAACAAACGAAUCCAUCGAACCGCUGGCGAAAAGUUGCGGGGAGAUAAACUACGGAUUCACGAAAGUGAGAAUUACACCGUACAAAUCGGACGCCGAUGCUGCAGACCAUCUAGCAUCGGAAAGCGAGACAUGCGAAGUAGAGGAAGAUCCGGUGGAGUCCUCAAGCGAUGUAGAGAGCAUAGAGCAAG